CCGCCGCCGCCUCCUCCUCCUCCUCCAUUGCCCCCCAAAUCCACCUCCUCCUCCACCCUCCCACCCCCAUGGGCAGCUUCGCCUCCCCCCUCGACUCCGCCCCCGCCGCACUCACCAAACCCUCCGCUGCGGCGGCGGCGGCGGCGCCCGAUUUGCCCAACGGGGUGGCGGCGGUGGUGUCCCAGGAGGAGCUGAAGCGGGUGGCGGCGCACCGCGCGGUGGAGAUGGUGGAGUCCGGGAUGACGCUGGGCCUCGGGACGGGCUCCACCGCGGCGCACGCGCUCGACCGCCUCGGGGAGCUGCUCCGGUCCGGGGAGCUGGUCGGGGUGGGCGGGGUGCCGACCUCGCUCAAGACGGAGGCCCACGCCGCCAGGGUCGGCAUCCCGAUGCUGCCGCUCGGGGGGGCGACCGCCGUCGAUCUGUCCAUCGACGGCGCCGACGAGGUCGACCCGGAGCUCAACCUCGUCAAGGGCCGGGGCGGGUCGCUGCUGCGGGAGAAGAUGAUCGAGGGGUCGGGGGGCAGGUUCGUCGUCAUCGUCGACGAGUCCAAGCUCGUCCCGCGGCUGGGAUGCACCGGCGCGGUGCCCGUCGAGGUCGUCCCCUUCGGGUGCGACCACACCCUCGGCCUCAUCCGCAAGGUGUUCGACGGAUUGCCUGGCUUCAGCGCCAGGCUCAGGACCAAGGGCGGCGGGGGUAAGGACGGCGAGUCGGCGGUGGUGCCGUUCGUCACCGACAACGGCAACUACAUCGUCGAGAUGUUCUUCGACGACGGCAUCCACGGCGACCUCAACGACAUCAGCGACCGCCUGCUCCGGAUCACCGGCGUCGUCGAGCACGGCAUGUUCCUCGGCAUGGCCACCUCGGUCGUCGUCGCCAAGAAGGACGGCACCGUCGUCAUCCUCCACAGGAAGUAGUCGCCCUGCCCGCCGCCGGCGACAAUAAGCCAAGAUUUUGCACCGAUGCGAGGCGGCUCGGCAGCUGGGCUCCUCCCUCCCCCCAACAAGUAUCUAUUGCUCUCUUCUUUUCUAUGUUGAACUUGAUGUACGUCUCCAUUUACCAUGCUUCCUCCUUUUUCAUUGGUGAAUCUCCUUUGCGUGAUGAUGACAUGUGUUAAAUGCGGUGAAGCUAAUAACCUCUUGGACUUUGCUCCAUGAUAAUGAUAAUAUCAAGUCAAUUUCUUCGCCA